AUGGGGGAGCCCGAGGAGUUGGUUCCUGAUUCUGGUGCCGUGUUUACGUUUGGAAGAACAAAAUUUGCUGAAAACUUUCCUAGCAAGUUCUGGUUUAAAAAUGAUGUACCUGUGUAUCUUUCAUGUGGAGAUGAACAUACUGCUCUUAUUACAACUUUAAAACCUGAAAAAGUAAAGUUUGCUGCCUGUGGAAGGAACCACACCUUGAUUUCAACAGAAAGAGGCAGUGUAUAUGCAACUGGAGGAAAUAAUGAAGGGCAGCUGGGACUUGGUGACACUGAAGAGAGACACGCUUUUCAACUAAUAAGCUUUUUUACAUCCCAGCAUAAGAUCAAACAGCUCUCUGCUGGAGCUAACAUUUCAGCUGCAUUAACUGGUCAAUUGUACACAUUUGGAGAACCUGAGUUUGGAAAGUUGGGUCUUACCAGUAAGCAGCUGAUCAAUCACAGAACACCGCAGCUGGUAAUUGGGAUUUCUGAGAAGGUGAUCCAAGUAGCUUGUGGUGGAGAGCACACUGUGGUUCUCACAGAGAAAGCGGUGUACACUUUUGGGCUGGGACAGUUUGGCCAGUUGGGUCUUGGUGUUUUUGUUUUUGAAGCAUCAGAACCCAGAGUCCUUGAACUUGUUAAUGGCCAGAAAAUAUCUCAUAUUUCUUGUGGAGAAAAUCACACAGCUUUGAUAACAGGUCUUGCAAGUUUUCCACCUUUGAUGGUUGCUUGUGGUGGAUGUCACAUGCUGGUUUUUGCUGUUCCACGGCUUAAUGUGGCAGAAGACCGACUUAAUGUAGCAGAAGAAAUUGACAUAGAUGAGACAAAUGAUUCUUUCCUACCUCCUCUGGUUUCUCUGCCCCUGGGCAGUUUGACCUCAGGAAGUAAACUGCAGAGAACAAUAUCAGCCCGUGUUAGGCGGAGAGACAAGUCAUGGGAAAACCUUGGAAAAACUACUGACAUCUUAAAUAUGACACAUGUGAUGAGCCUGAAUUCCGAUGACAAGACAUUAAAAUUAUCACCAGUUCAAAAACAAAAGAAACAAGAAAGAAUUAAACUGGAGAAACAUGCAGCUCAGACUGGAAAUGAUAAUAAUAAUGAAUAUGAAUCUGAAGAGAUUUCCAAAAGAAUGAAAGAAAGGAGAGCACAAAAACAACUUUUGGCAAAAGAGAUGUUUAUGGACAUAGAAAAGGAUAAUGAUAGAGAACACAGUCAGAAUGAUUCAGAAGAAGAAGAAAUAUUCUUUGGGAAUGAAACUGAGCUGACAGAAAUGACAGGUUUGGAGGAUACAAGAAAACUUGAAAAGAAUAUAUGCAAACCUUUUCCAUAUUUUAAGGUCUUAGGAAAUGUAGAAAGGAAACGUGAGAUUAAAGAAAAUAAACAUUUGGUUAAGGAUAAAAGGGAUAAGCAAUUUGUCAUCUUUGACAAUGAAAGAGAAUCUCUUGAGCAAGACCAUCAUAUGGAAGGUGAUAGAUUUGAGCAGCCUGAGUCCUUAGGUUUUAGAAGUGGAAAGGAAGAGGAUUGCGAAUUGGAGAAUAUGCAUGUGAGGUAUAACAGAGAUUUUGGUCAAGAAAAUGAGGAAGCGACUGAGAACAGAAUACCAAAAUUCAUGGCAAAAUUUAAUUUUAAAUGUGGCCACUUAUCAAAGAUUCCAGAGGAGCAAGAAGAAGCAAAGGAUUCAGAAGAAGGUGAAAUAGAGAAGGAAGAGAUAGAGGUAAAUGAGAAGAUACUUGGAGAAAGAGAGAAGGAGAAAGCACGUAAGCUGUCAGAUGAUCGUACAGACAAAGGACAGGUGAGUGGAGGCAAGAAAAAGUCAGAGGAAGAGGCAGAAAAUGUGCCUGAAGGUAGAAGUGAUGGAAUCUGUAAGGGGAUUGAUUCAGGAGCAGAACAAAGGCUAAGUGAGGAAAGGGAGGAGGAAGAGGAAGGGAAGGAGGAAGACGAAGAGCAGGGAGUAGCAUUUAGAGAAAUGGAGAGCUUGGGUAAAGGAGAGAAGGACCUAGAAAAAAAGAAGGAAUGGGAGAAAAAAGAUGAGGACGAAUGGGAGAAAAAAGAUGAGGACGAAUGGGAGAAAAAGCAGGAAGAAGGCCAUCAGGAAAAAAGAAGGCAGGAAGGACAGGGUGAAAGAGGAGAUGCAAAAAGGUUGAGCAAAAGUAAAGGAUCUGUGAAAUAUGACAAAGAGAGAGCAUCUCCAAAAUGGUUUAUUACUAACACAGAGGGAAAGAGGAAAGAACAUGAAAUACAGAGGUCCAAAAUGCCAGUGCACUCAAAACAACUUUUAGAAAAUGGGCCACCAGGUUCCAAAAAAUUCUGGAAUAAUGUAUUACCACAUUAUUUGGAAUUGAAGUAA